AUGCGCUUUUCGCUCUCCAGGGCGCUGCCCUGGCUCGCCGCCGCCGCGGUGCCACUCGCCGCUGCAGAGAACAUCAUCGAGUCGCAUUCGCUCAACCCGUGCAUGACCAACUCCAGCUUCUCGGCCACGCUCUUCCUUGUCGCCUUCACGCCCGGCAACGGCAGCUUGGCCUUCAACGUCGAGGGUAUCUCCAACAUCGCCGGCAACAUCGAAGCCGAGGUCGAGCUGCUGGUCUACGGCUACUCGGCCCUCAAGACGACCAUCGACCCCUGCGACUCCAAGGACCUCGAUGGCCUGUGCCCCAUGAACUCCGGCCCGCUGACCAUCAAGUCCAACAUCGACCUGAGCGCCGACAUCCUCAAGGUCAUUCCAACCAUCGCCUACACCAUCCCCGACCUGGACGCCCUCGUGCGCAUCAAGGUCAAGGACCGCUCCACGCAUGUCCAGCUUGCCUGCGUCGAGGCCGAGCUGCUGAAUGGAAAGACAGUCGACCAGAAGGCCGUGGCCUGGGUGACUGCUGUCAUUGCUGUCCUGGGCCUGGUGUCGUCUGCCAUCACCUCCGGUCUUGGCCACUCCAACACGGCAGCCCACGUCGCCGCCAACGCCAUGUCGCUGUUUGGAUACUUCCAGGCGCAGGCCUUCUUCGGUCUCUGCGCCAUGCCGCUCCCCCCCAUUGUCGCCGCCUGGACGCAGAACUUCCAGUGGACCAUGGGCAUCAUCCGCGUCACAUUUCUACAGGACAUGGCUACCUGGUACCAGCGUGCCACCGGUGGCACGCCCACGACGUACCUCUCGCAGCUGACAGAAAUCUCCGUCGAAGUACAGAAGAACAGGAGGGUCAAGCGUGCGCUUGAUUUCACGACAGGCGCACUCGGACGUCUCGCAGCCCGCAGUAAUGCUGCUGCCACCGAGGCACAGGCUGGAACAGAGCGCGUCGUUUUGCGAGGCAUUGAGCGUGUUGGUUUCAAGGCGAAGAUCGAGACGACCAACAUCUUCUUCACGGGCUACACCUUCUUCGUCGUCUUCGUUCUGCUGACCAUCAUCGGUGUUGUUGCCUUCAAAUUCGUCUGCGAGGGUCUCGUCAAGAUGGGCAGGAUGAAGAGCAACAAGUUCGUCGACUUCCGCAACGGCUGGCGCACUGUCCUCAAGGGCAUCCUGUUCCGCGUCAUCCUCAUUGGUUUCCCUCAGAUGAUGGUGUUGGGCUUCUGGGAGCUCACUGAGCGCGACUCGGCUGGCAUUGUGGUUCUAGCCGUUCUGACCAUGCUCAGCAUGAUUGGUGUUCUCGGCUGGGCUUCGUCCAAGGUCGUCCGUAUCGCACAACGCUCGAUUUCGAUGCACAAGAACCCUGCCUACAUUCUGUACUCGGAUCCUACUGCUCUCAACAAGUGGGGUUUCUUGUACGUCCAGUUCAAGGCUGCCGCAUACUGGUUCAUCAUCCCAUGGCUCAUCUACCUCCUUCUCAAGGCCAUGUUCAUUGGUCUUUCCCAAAGCUCUGGUAAAGUUCAAGCAAUCGCUCUGGUCAUCAUUGAAGCCGUUCUCCUCGUCGGUGUCUGUGUUCUUCGCCCUUGGAUGGACAAGAAGACAAACGGUUUCAAUAUCGCCAUUGCUGCUUGCAACUUCCUCAGCGCUGUUCACUUGUUGAUGUUCUCAGACAUCUUUGGCCAGCCUGCUAUCGUCACUGGUGUCAUGGGUGUCGUUUUCUUCGUCUACAACGCCGCGUUCGCGCUUGUCCUCCUCAUCAUGCUUCUUGUCGCCUCCGCGUUUGCAUUGUUCACCAAGAACCCCGACACACGCUACCAACCCAUGCGCGAUGACCGUGGAUCCUUUAUCAAGUCGCAAACGCAGUUGACAACCGAACUCGACGCACUGGGCGCAACGGCGCGUGGCGAGGGUAAGGGCACGCACCCUUCUUCCCGCAGCCGCCUCGACGAUGAUGACGAUUUCUCGUCUACCGAAGAGCGGAGACAGCUCGCGGCCAAGGAGGGCGCGUUUUCGGAACACUAUGCCACCGCACCACCGCGCAGCCCUAUCAACCCAUCGGCAUCACCGGUGUCAUCCUACUAUGAUCGCGCGAGCCCAGCCCCUUCAGGAGGUUAUGCGCCACCAAGAAACGAUGUACAGCAGCGAUCGGCAAACAACUCCAGCCCGUGGCAGCGUGGGGCAGGAUAUGAUCAGCAUUGA